CAACACUAUACAUGGACGUGUUUAGCAUUAUUUAUACCACACAGCCCUUUUAACUAGCCAAGUAGGAAUGGAUCCGAAUCUCCUACAACCAAUGGACGAAGGAGAGUUGGGGGAAACUGUAAAUGAAGCGAACUCCACAGAAGACAACGAUGGUGAAGAGGACUCCUCAGAAGACAACGAUGGUGAAGAGGACUCCUCAGAAGACAACGAUGGUGAAGAGGACUCCUCAGGAGACGGUGAUGAUGAAGAGGACUCCUUAGAAGAUGGCGAUGUAAACCUCGAAGAUAUUUUGGGAGAGGCAGAUGACGUCAGUCAGCCUGAGAUUCCUGAUAAUGCUGAUCUUAAAGUGCUUCGAAUCUACAUGUUAGCUAAACUAGGAAAACUUGAGGCUAUCCUUAAGUUAGGGAGUGACGUCAACUUGACAAACACAGACGGGCUGACAGCUUAUGACCUGGCUCAGAGAGAUGAGGAAGGUGGGGCAGCUAUGGCUCUGCUGGAGGAGGCGGGGGCCAGACCACAGCCUACGUGUAAUUCGCUGAGCCAGCAAGUAGAGACAGAGCCCGAAGAAAACCUCACAGUCAACCAGAUUUACAACGCUGCCAAUCAUGGCGAUCCGGGUUUCUUACGUGCUGUUGUCUUAAACCUUGGUUGUGCCAGCAUUGAUGCUGUCGACACGGAGAAUAAAACAGCUUUGAUGCUCGCUGUGUAUAAUAAUGAUGUUGUUGCGGUGUCAACUCUUGUACAUGAAGGUGCUACUGUGAGUCCGCUGAUUCUGGACACCGCCAUGCAAUGGUGUAACGAAGAUAUGGUGCAGACGCUUCUUACUUCUUCAGACAUUGCCGCAAAGGAGGAGCGGCAUAAGCGUUCUGUUGAUGAGAUCAAAGAACUUAUUAAAUCAAGCAAUGCAUGUGAAAAUAACAACAUACCACGCAUUGAGGGUAGUCCUGAGACAACAGAAGGAUCUGGAAAUAUCGAGAACCAGGAAGUAGCGGAGAGUUCUGGUAACUGUGGCUUAAAUCAUUUACAGGACGAUUGUGCUGACAAUCCAAGCCUUGUACGUCAGAGGGAAGUUGGUGAAACAAGCAACAAUGCAAUAAACCCAUGCGAUGCUUCUAAUACAGACCGUUGUGACGGUAUCGAGAUGCCGAAUGUUCCUAGCAUUACUGACACGAAUCCUGACAACACUGACACUAAUCCUGACAACACUGACACUAAUCCUGACAACACUGACACUAAUCCUGACAACACUGACACGAAUCCUGACAACACUGACACGAAUCCUGACACCAAUCCUAAAAACACUGACAUAACGCCUUCUAGAUCUGACAAAACCACUAACAACCUUGAAACCAAUUCACUCUUUGAGUCCAUAGCAAACGGUGACGUAGUCACGCUUCAAUACCUUCUUGAAACACAUCCAGAUCUCAAUGCCAGAGACUCUAACAAUAGAACUCUGCUACACGCCGCCCUCCAGGCUGGUCAACUUGACAUGGUCAAGAUUUUAUUGACAGCCGGGGCUGACUGUAACGCUGAAGACAUUGACGGGAACACGCCGUUAAUGGUAGCGUGUGAACGCGGCGUUAGGGAGGCGGUAUCUCUUCUUGUCCAGCAUGGAGCAGAGGUCACAUUCGCAAACAGGAGGGGGGAAACAGCUUUGAGAACAGCCGCUGUACGGUCGGACCUCGCCAUGCUGUUUUACUUGGGGUAUCUGAGACUACGUUUUGGACAUAGGACAGCACUGUCCAGUAUUGGCAGGACAGCACUGUCAAGUUUUAGAAGGACAGCACUGUCAAGUUUUGGAAGGACAGCACUGUCCAGUGUUGUCCUUAUAUCGGUAUUAGCUGCCCUGUUUUCAUUUGUCUAUAUUGCUAUAUGA